AUGUCUCCACUCUCAGAUCUCCUAAACCUUGAUCUCUCAGACACCAAGAAGGUCAUCGCUGAAUACAUAUGGAUCGGUGGAUCUGGUAUGGACAUUAGAAGCAAAGCCAAGACAUUACCAGGACCAGUAAGCGAUCCAUCGAAGCUUCCGAAAUGGAACUACGACGGAUCCAGCACCGGUCAAGCCGCCGGAGAUGACAGUGAAGUCAUUCUAUAUCCUCAGGCAAUAUUCAAAGACCCAUUCAGGAAAGGGAACAACAUUCUGGUUCUGUGUGAUGCUUACACACCGGCCGGUGAUCCAAUUCCGACCAACAAUAGGCACAAGGCCGUCAAAAUCUUCGAACAUCCCAAUGUGAAAUCUGAAGAGCCUUGGUUUGGGAUAGAGCAAGAAUACACAUUACUUAAGAAAGACAUCAAGUGGCCGUUAGGUUGGCCUCUUGGUGGUUAUCCUGGUCCUCAGGGACCGUAUUACUGUGCAGUGGGUGCAGACAAAGCCUUUGGUCGUGACAUUGUCGAUGCUCACUACAAAGCUUGUCUUUACGCCGGUUUAAGUAUUGGUGGUGCCAAUGGUGAAGUCAUGCCUGGACAAUGGGAGUUUCAAAUCAGUACUGUUGUUGGUAUUGGUGCAGGUGAUCAAUUAUGGGUUGCUCGUUACAUUCUCGAGAGGAUCACUGAGAUUUGCGGUGUGAUUGUCUCCUUCGAUCCGAAACCAGUCGAGGGUGAUUGGAACGGAGCAGCGGCUCAUACAAACUUCAGUACGAAAUCGAUGAGGAAAGACGGAGGAUUAGAUUUGAUUAAGAAAGCGAUAGAGAAGCUUGAAGUGAAACACAAACAGCACAUUGCGGCUUAUGGUGAAGGCAACGAGAGGAGACUCACCGGGAAGCAUGAAACUGCAGAUAUCAACUCUUUCUCUUGGGGAGUGGCGAAUCGUGGAGCAUCGGUGAGAGUUGGAAGAGAUACAGAGAAAGAAGGUAAAGGAUAUUUCGAGGAUCGAAGGCCUUCGUCUAAUAUGGAUCCUUAUCUUGUGACCUCCAUGAUCGCUGAAACCACUAUCCUUGGCUAA